CCCCGCCGCCCCAGCCCGCGCCCGCCCGGCCGGGGGAUCGCCCGCCGGUCCCGCUCAACAAGUUCCCCCCCGCCGUCGCCGCCCGGGGACCCGGCCGAAAGGACAUCCCCCCCACACACCACCACCGCCGCCACCUCCCUCCGCUUCCCCCCGGCCGCCUCCGCCGGGCGCCGCAGCCGAUGAGGGCAGCGGGGGAGCGAGCGGCGGCGGCGGCUGCCUCUAGCGAGCGCUCGGGCGGCCGCAGCUGAGCGCCCGGCCGAGGAGAGCGGCGGGGAGAGCGGCUCCGGCCGGCGGGGAGAGCGGCUCCGGCGGGCAGCGGGGCGGAGAGCGGCUCCGGCCGGCGGGGGAGAGCGGCAGAUGCGCGACCGGCGGGGACCUUCCGACGGCCAGCUCGCCCCGGCGGAGGGAAGGAGGGAGAUGCAGCCCACCGGGAGCGCACAGACCGCCGCUUCUCUGUAAGGAAGCAUAAGGCAUCAUGGUGAGUAAGGAGCCCAGCAAAUGCUUACUCACCACCUCGGAAAGCGAAGUUGAGCCAGCGGCUUCUCUCGCUUUGGAGAUGAAAUACGCCCUGGAUCCCAACCGGCAGAUUAAGAAACGGAACAAAGCCCUCCAGGUGAGAUUUAAAGAUAUCUGCGAGGCCCAGAACGAGCAGAGGGACAAACAGCUCUCCACCACGCAGGAUCCCGACAAGAGAGACGCCAAGCCCAUCUCCUACAAGACGGCAUAUCGCAAGUACAUGACCGUGCCCGCCCGCAGGUCGAUACCCAACGUCACCAAGAGCACAGGAGUUCAGACUUCACCCGAUCUUAAAAAGUGUUACCAGACCUUUCCUCUGGACCGGAAAAAAGGGAAUAUUCUUAAAAGCGCCUCGACCGUCGACACCUUCAAGAGUGAGAACAACGGGUUCCUAAUAGACGUGAAGGACAAAGAGGGCAGAAGCUCAGGGGAGGCCGUUCAGUGGAGCAAAAAGGCCGGCAGCCUGCAGACAGCCGAGUUCAUUUCCCACAUCCACGAGCGCGGCAACGCGGGGUCUGGGGACGACGGGGCCGAGGCCUGGACAAGCAGCGAUUUGCACAGUUCUCCCAAAGAGACACCUCUUCCUCCUCUCCCAAACUCGGCCGACCCGGCUUCGGAGGAGCCCGCCGUUGCCCGGCCGCCUGGCCGAGGGAGACAGGCCUCGGGGCGGCCGGGGGGCGAGGAGGCCGCCCAGCCCCUCCACGGGAGGGUCUUCAAGACUGAAGUGGCCACCGUUUAUUUACCAGCCUCGCAGUCCGACCUGUCAAACCUCGCGGCCGAGACCGACUGGUCGCCGUGCCCGACGGGCGAGGAGGACAAAAAGAGGACGGUGCACCUGAACGGUGUUCAGCCCCCGGCGGGAGAUGCUCGAGCCUGCUCGUCCCGGACGCAGUGCCAAGCCACUGAAUGUAACGAACAGACCCUUCAGAUAAAGGUUUCGCCCAUGGAGGAGAACCAGCCUUGCCAGACGGCCGUCGCGGUGAGCGAGGAAUGCCAACAAAUCGUGCCUCACACGGAAGUUGUGGACUUGAAAGCCCAGCUUCAGAUGAUGGAAAGUUUGAUCAGCUCUAGUCAGGAAACCAUAAAAGUGUUGUUGGGUGUUAUACAGGAGCUAGAGAAAGGAGAAGCUCACAGAGAAGGGCUUUCGUAUCGGACUGGUCAAGACACGGCUAAUUGCGACACGUGCAGGAACAGUGCAUGUAUUAUCUAUAGCGUGGAAUUGGAUUUUAAACAGCAAGAAGAUAAACUACAGCCAGUUUUGAGAAAACUUCAUCCUAUCGAGGAAACUCAGGUUGCACCUUUGCCUUAUUCUCAGGAGAGCUACUCCUCCACUCCCAAGCAAAAAUCCAAAACUGAAUCAAAAAAGCAUGGAAGAUGGAAACUCUGGUUCCUUUAACCCAAGUCCAUUCCGUGGGGAGUUCAAGGCCUUCUUUGAAAAACAAAUAUUUGGAGUUGCAUCACUCAUCUAUAACGGGAUCUUGGUAGACUGACGAGUGUUACCGGCAGCGUUCAGUUCUCACCGUAUGUACCAAAAAGGCCUUUGUACCUAGAAACUCAUGUCCCGAAGCAAGGCGUUAGGUAACACCUUGCCAACUUUUCUUUGCAGUUCACCAAUGUGGGAUGUAAAACCUGAAUUGAAAUUUGUACAAAGAUGGAAAGUAAAACUAUUUCCCUCCCCCCCUUUAGAUCUGAAAGCGUCACAUUCUAACCUGUUAAAUUGUAGGCUGUCAUCCUGUACACAGCUAAAUAUCACUAUUGUUUUAAAGCCUUUUGGGGGUUUGGUUUAUUGUCUCUAAACAACGAGGGGAAAAACAAAAAGCAAGCAAGCCUUAUGUUUGCAAUGGUCUUCAGUUUUACAAAUCCACGUUGAUCGGGGAGUGCAGUUUUCAGCACACAGAUCCUGGACAAAGCACAAUUUUUCAUGUGGUCCAAGACCGAGAAUAAUCUCUAAGAUGUGACUAUAUGUAUAUUUGCCUUCAUGCAAUGUAGACUUCAGCCGAGCUCUCACAUUUCGACGGCGCACCAUCACUUCUAAUGUAGCUAUGUCCUCAUCACCAGACGAACAAGUCCGCUGCCCACCUCCAAGGGGUGAGUGGCGAGAAACCCCCAAAAAGUCAGGACAAGCCUUUAACCCCACCAAGCCGACAGUGUCAAGGCUACGGGACAAUCAUCUGUCCUAGAUCUUAAUCUUUUGGUACCCAAAAGGUCUAAAUGACACAUUCUGGCCCAGAAAAAAAAAAAAAACCCAACCCCACAAACAGACCAAUCAAAAGCUCUACAGAUUCCUGGCAUUUGCCAGAAUUUAAUAUCUUUUUGUAACGCAGCCUUUGGAAAACCUCUACACUAUUGCAGAAGGCACCAGAAAAUUUAUAGUGCGCAUUAUGCUUUGAAACCUCUUUGGAAGGAGCAGUAAUUUUAAACGUUAUUUAUUUACUAAGCUUCUCAGAUGGGUUUCCCAACACAUUAUAAUUUAUAUCUCAAUCUAUUAAUUGUACUUGCUAACCAACACACUUAGGGAAGAGAUGUGAAUCUAUUCCUCCCCCCUUUUUUUCUAACAUGACACUUAAAAUUUUGCUCUGAAUUAUAAACUGCAGCUUUUUCCUUUAAGUUCUUGCUGCUGUCAUUAAACUUGCAUCUAGAGUGACCGCUUGUGGAAAGGUUUCUCACGCUAGAAGUGGCCAGGGAGUGGGAAUCUUGGUGUCUUGUCUUUUUUUUUUUUUUUGGAAGGAUUUACGAUACUUUGAGUCAUACAGUCUCAUGUGACAAACUGGUUUACUAAGAAUUGGUUUUGGAAUGGCAUCCCCUGCAGCGUGAGUAAGAUACAAAUUCUUUAGGUGGAAGAAAUGCAAUCAUUAGCAGAAGAGUUUGCACAUACUAAAAGAUCUGAAGUGUUUUCACGUACACUGUUUCUCCUCUUAGCCCAGCGUCAAAUCCAUUGCUGCAAGAAAACUUGAGGAAAACAACUUUUUUUUUCCCCCCCAAAGCAAAGAGCAAGAAAAGGAAGUUAAAAAGGCAACAGAAAUGCAGAAGAUGUCUAUGUCCACCUCAAAAUGAAUUGCAGCAUGAUUUAAUGAAGAAAAAAAAAAAAAGAAAAAAAAAAGAAAUCACCUUUUCAGGAAACCUUCAAGAGGGCUCCGAGUUCUUCUGCAUAAGCAAAGAAAAUCCUGAAAUACUUUUGUGAAAGCUGAAGGAUUAGAAAAGGUGAUCCUGUGCAGUUCUUUCAUGUGGAAAAAAAAAUAAUCUGUGUCACGUAUUUUAUACCGGUUUGAAUUGAAAAUAUAAAACUGCUUACAAGACAGGCCACCCUACAUCUUUUAGAAACCUAAGAAUUUCCAAACAAGAAUUAUUUUUUUUUCCCUAAACAGAAAGAAAAGUCAAAUACGGACACAACAAGAACAAUACAACAGGAUUCAGUAGUAUUUUAAGAUAGUGUUAGUAAUUAAUGAACUCAUCCAUGCUAACACGCCUAGUGUUUGGGGGGUUUUUUUAAUAAGAAAUGAAAUCAAGCGUCUCUCAAUGGCAAUCAAUUACAAACCGUUAGCGUCACCCAAUCAGUAGCUUUUUCCCAUUAAACCUAUUCGAAACGUUCUCGUGUGCAGGGACUCUGACACAAACCCGAACUGUUUUUACGUGCGGUUACGGACUCAAACAGAGACCAGUAUUCUGUAAUCAUUUAAAAUGACGGAGGAAAAUUCACUGGUGAAACAUUACAAGAGCUAAAAGUGAAAGUUCUCACGGCGUGUUCUGUACAUGUCCAGGCUAUUUUCUUAAGAAGUUGCAAAUUUUUAAUUUUUUACAUUUUUUUAAAACUGGAAAAAGCUAACAUACAUAUAGUCUCGCUUAAAAUUACAUAUCGUGUUAUAUGGUACCAUACGAUGUAAUUUGUAAUAAAAUGUUUUUGCAAGUGUGUAAAAUGUAUCAUAUUGUAUUACAUUUAGGAUCACUCAGGCUCAGGUUAGAUAGACACUGAGAGAAAAAUCCUAAUUCUUUAGAGCUUUUAGUUAAACGUGACUGACAAAGCUACUUUCACCCUAAUGUAGAAGAUCUUAUAAAAUGCAGGUAUGAGAUUCUAACAGAGACAACGCAUCUUUAUUUUCAAUGUGGGGCACACCACAGCUUUGCUGAGUUCGCUGACAAUACCAUGCACUUUCAUACACUGAUUCGCUAUACGCACUUCUCCCAUACCAUGCUUAAAAAAAAUACUUUUUAGUCAAUAAAUACUGCAGUGAUUUUUCUAUUACUUGCUCUUUUUGGAGUCCAUAUGAUUUCCAUUAAGCAACAGUUACAUUCUUUGUUUUAGAGCUAUUAAGAAACACUAUUCAUGUGAGUAUCACUUGUUUUCCUAAAGAAAAAAGUCACUGUAAAAAUAGUUUUAAAAAAAUCAGGAUAAACUGAAGAAAAUCAUGAUUAAAACUGAAAAAUCCUA